AUGAGCUCACGCAUUUUGGACACCAUCAAAGGAGACCACCAGGAGAUCGAAUCAGUCUACAACAGACUCAAGCAAGCCAGCGAUCCCGAGGAGCUCACGGCCUAUCAGAACAGAUUGACCUGGGAAAUCGCCCGGCAUGCGGUUGGAGAGGAGUUGGUGAUCCUUCCGGCAAUUGAGAAGUACGUCCGGGAUGGGAGGGACGUGGCUGACAAGGACCUCCAUGAGCAUCGAGUGAUAAAAGAACAACUGUCCAAGUUCCAGGACAUGUCUAGCAGUGACUCCGAGUUUCUCCCUACCGCCCAAACUCUCAUGUCCCAGGUUCUGGAAAAUCAUAUGGGAGAGACGACAAACGAUUUAGUCAAGCUAGAGGGUGCUAUCACUCGCGACGAGAGCAACCGUCUCUCCAGAUCUUUUAACCGUACCAAGAUGUUCGUGCCUACCAGAGCGCAUCCCAGCAUUCCCGAUCGGCCUCCGUUUGAAACAGCCUUGGGGUUGAUGACGGCGCCUGUGGACCAGCUGAUGGACGUAUUUCGCACGUGGCCUGAAGAUGACGUCGACCAGAUCGAGGCGGACGAUGAAUAUGGCUAUAUGAGUCCCAGGCAUUGUAAAUUACCUCUUAUAGAGUGA